CAGUGCAUAACUUUAUCCACCUUUCGAACAACCGGCCCCUGCCUCCCUGCCCCUGGUACUUUGUCAUCGUUGUCAGUGUUGGUUUGUUUUUUAAUUGUUCUUAAUUGAAGUAUUGGACAUUUAAUUGAUAUUUGAAAACGCGGGCGCAAACGAAAGCAAAACAAUCAAAUAACAAAUAAAAACAAAUACUGAAAUACAGCAAAUACAGAUCCCAGAAGAAAUCGUUUAUAUCAACUUCGAUUAGAAUGAGUUGGGAAGACAGUUUUUCUAUCAUGGUAAAAGAGAGUAGUGCCAAAAUAAACGAAGCUAAAAGACGGCUUCAUAGCUUUGACAAUAGCAGAAUGGCAAUGAAUACCACAAACAAAACUUCAGCCUUUUCUCCACCUGCUUUUCAAAUCCAUCCCAACACCACAGUAAGCCAAACAGCAUCAUUUCAUCCAAUCAAAACAAAUGGCUUAGAUGAUCCUUUGUUUACAUCACAUGAGUCUUCAUCAGUGGCAUUACUUCAUAGCCUGCAUGAGAGGAUUAAACAACAAACUGAGAGUUUUGAUCUGCUCAAGUCUAAAGUGGAAACAUUGGAAACAACCCUGAAAAACCAACAGAAAGAAGUUCAGCAUUAUAAAGAUGACCUUUCUUUUCUUGUACAAAAAAUUGAAAAUAUUUCACCUGAAGCUUCAUUAGAGGAGUUUAAGGCAGAAAUAAGAUAUGAACUUAAUAGAAUCAAAGAUUGUGAAUCAAGUUGCAGAAGAGAUGAUAAUGAAAGACAAUAUGCAACAUCUGAGAGGUUAUUUUAUCAUGGAAAGGAAAGUGAACAAGUUUUAGACUCACUACAAGAGAUUAAAAAUAGACUUGAUAAAAUAGAAGAAGAUUUAUCCAGUAGUCAACAUAAUGUAGAAAAUAAUAGUAAAAUGGUUGAAAAGAAUGUGACUUUAUUAGCAGACUGGAAGAAUGAAAACAUAGAAUCAAUGAACCGACUUUGCAAGUUGCAAAAUUUAUCCGUUGAUGAAGUUAAACAUUUAAGAUCAAAACUUUACAAUGUUCAAGAUAGAGUUCACGAACUUGAGACAAGUGUUAACGGCGUUCCCGGACACAGCGAGUCUUCAAACAGGCGAAAAUCAGAGAGUUUCCUUGAUAAUGAGAAUAUCCCAAAUGCACAUCACAGGAAUAGUUACGUCUCAAUAUCAAGCGAUGAGGAGGAAAGAUCUAGUCUGACAAAUUCAUCCGUCGAUUUAGACGCAAGUGAUGAUAAUGUAGAUUUAUCCCUCGAGAUUGAUGAACUCAACCUUAACGACAAUAGACAGAAAAGAAAAUCUCAAAGCUCUGGUACGGAUUCACUUCAUUCAUCGUUAAACCCACUAACUGAUUCUGAGGACUCGUUUAGCGAGAUAUGAUAGAUACUUGCUUUUUUUUGCACUUUUCACUGAUUUAUAUAAAAACACAUUGAAGUUCUCCAGUCAAAAACACACGGUCUUUAAAGGUACCUGAGCAUAAACAAACAUCGAGCAGGGAAAUUUUUUCUCAUCAUUAAAGUAUAAUAUAGGUAUAAACGUGCAGCAUUUGAUGCUAGCGGUCAGUAAUGCUAGCCCAGUAUUCGACAUUACGGUAACAAGACUUUAAACUACAGGGAACUCUCCAAAUUCAACACUAAACCAAAUUGAACAACGCAUUCAAAACGAAAAAACAAGUACCUGAGUCAAUGAUAUAUUCUAAGAAUAGCAAAUAGUAUUUUUAAUAGGUAAUUUGGUGAUUAUUUU